AUGGUAAUUUUCAUUUUUUGGAAAACGCCGAAAUAGUGAGCGAAAAAAACGCAUGCGACUCUAUAGAGACGCGCUGGCGCAGUGGCAACGCGUUGAGUUUUGGUGUCGCGCCACCCGAGUUCAAUCCCGCUUGCAACUAAAUUUUUUAUUUUUCAAUUUUUUUCAAGAAACAUUGAUUUUUAUCAUUUUUUGUCAGCUGCUAGGUCAUCUGAUCUAAGACCACCCACUACAGUACACGAUCUCUUAUUUUUCAUUUCGCUGCCCAGCCAGCCAGCCAUUUUUUUGUGUCUGUCUCAACACCUGUCACCCCUAGGCCUAUAAAAAACGAGAGAGAGAGAGAGUGAGAGAGUGCGAGAGACAGUCAGACAGUUGCACUUUUUAAAGGGACACCCGUCAUUUUGUUAUCUCUGUGUUGUGUUUGUGUCAAAAGACAGCUGGGUUGGGGAUGAAACAAGGACACUGACACACUCCUAAAAUCGUGCCUGUGUCUGUCGCCGCGACAAAAAAUGAAUGAAAAAACAAGUUAGGAUAUAUUGUGUUGUUGUUUUUUCGUUGUUGUUGUUUUGGUUUCCAUCCAUCCAUUUUCGCCGAUUUUCUCGUUUAUUUUUUGGUUUGUUUGUGAAAGAACUCUGCUUCUCUGAACUCCACUGCGUCUCUAACCCUUUUCUUGCUCUAGAAGUCUCAACUCUACUCGUCUGCGUCUCUAACCUCUAGAUCUUUUGAUUUGGAAAUGAUAUCAUUUUUACCCAACCAGCUGAUAUGGUUGUCUGCGUCUCUAACCUUUUUAGUUUACUCUGGUUGUCUGCUAACUCUGCGUUUCUAACCUCUAGAGAACUCUGCAAGUCAGAAGCACUGAAUUUUGAUCUAGAAGUCCCAAGACUGCUUGUGUCUGCGUCUCUAACCCCUCUUCUGUGAUCUACUGCUCUCUACAGACUCUCAUUCUCUAACCUUUUUGAUUUUCUGGUUGUCUGCUUCUGGGUUUUUGGUUUACUCUGGUUGUCUGCUAGUCUCUGCGUCUCUAACCCCUCUUAACUCUGCACGUCUGCUGCUCUCUACAGAUUCUCGGUCUCUAAUCUCUUGAUUGUCUGGAUGUCUGCUUCUGAUUUGGUCAACUCUGGUUGUCUGCGUCUCUAACUCUUCUUCUGUGAUCUACAACGCUCUCCUGAUCUCUGGCUGUCUGCUUCUGUGUUUUCAGUUUACUCUGGUCGUCUGAUCACCUGCGUCUCUAACCCCUCUUCUUUGAUCUACUGCUCUCUACAGACUCUCGGUCUCUAACCUCUCUGAUUCUCUGGUUGUCUGCUAGGUCUACUCUCGCUGUCUGCUUCUUACCUGCGUCUCAUACUUUGAGAUUAUCUGGCUGCCCACCAACUCUGCGUCUCUAACCCCUCUUCUGCGUCUCUGUCAUUUUCUAGUAUUUCUUCUGAUUCAAUAUUCAGUAGUUGUCUGUGUCUGCUUUUCUGGUAGCUCUGCGUCUCUCACCACUCUCUCGUUUCUCUAACCUCACCCCAUGUUUUUUUUCUCCCGAGGUCCAUUUUUUUGAAACAGCACCAAGUGUCACCCCCUCCUAAAAGUACACACACACCCCAAAACAGAUAGAAAUGCAAAAAUUUCGAAAAAGUGCGCGCUCCCGCGCGCCUUCUCUGCGUCUCUGCACUCUCUCUCGCCUAUCUGUGUUGUUUUGUUGUUUUUUGCAAACUGCAAGCAAGCCAAAUGACCUUUCAUGUCUCUUUUUUCGAAAAUAUUUAUUUUAUUUAUAUUGUCUUCACGGCAUUUCAAAAAAAAAAUAGGGAAAUGCUCCUCGUUUCGAGACCCUAGCGCGCGGGAAAAAUGUAUUUUUUGAAUUUUUCUUGAUUUCUCUGCGUCUCUCUCUCUGGAUUCACCCUGUACCAUAUUCACGGCCUUUCAAAAUGCUCCGUGUUUGAAUUUAUUUUUCUUGUUUUCUCUGCGUCUCUCACUCUCUCUCUCUCUCUCUCUCUCGUCUGCUUGUUUUUGUUUUGUUUUGUUGCACUUUUUGUUUUUGUGUUUACCCUCCCCAGCCAGGCCGAGACCCCGCGAUUUUCAAGCCCGAGAGAGGAAAAACAUGGGGGGUCUCUUUUUUUUUUUUUUUUUUUUUUUUUGACGAAUCAUCUCAUGUUUUUUGUUUACUUACUUACUUACUUACUGUGUUUUUUUGCUUUGAUGACACAAAUUUUUCGGUGUUUUUUUUUCGAAAAAAAAAAAAAAAAAAUUUUUUUGAAAUAAAAUUUCGAUUCAAAAAAUGUCAAAAAUAGGUAAAAAUAUACUUUUUGUACAUUUUCUGAAACGAAAUUUUUUGUUCAAAAAAAUGAUUUUUUAUCCAGUUUUUUUUUUUCGGACUAAUUAAAACUUGAUAAUUUGGGUUACUGUAGAAAUUAGGGUACUGUAGGGUCCAAAGUUUCAUUUUAAAAAAUUUCAUCAAAAAAAAAUUCUGGAAGUGUUCUCUGAAUUUUUAUUUUUCGAAACAAACUCACCUGUUCCAAGAAUUUCUGGAGAACUUUGAACUCUUGAAGUCUGGAUUCGGGAAUUUCAAAUUUCUGAAAAUCAGAGUUCCUAUUCAAGCUCAAAUUCUGAAGUCAGAGAUUCUGAAUGUCUGAAGUCUCUUACAAUUUUCUAUUUCCUAAAAUCUUCUAGACUACAUUAUUUUUAAGCCAUGAAAAUGUUCUAGUAGAUUAAAGGAACAUACUGUAUAACACACCUGCGUAUCUAACUCGUAUAGAGUUAGAUAUGCAGGUGGCUGAGCUCUACCGUACUUCAGCCUGAAUCAGCCUGAAUCUGAUAGUGUUUUUUUGCCUGAACAAUCCCUGACCCAAGGCUUCCCAAGGCUUCCCAUAGUUUCCCGAGGCUUCCCGAGGCUUCCCAAGGCUUCCCAAGGCUUCCCGAGGCUUCCCGAAGCUUCCCGAAGCUUCCCGAGGCUUCUCAAGGCUUCCCGAGGCUUCCCAAGGCUUUCCAAAGGCUUCCCAAGGCUUCCCAAGGCUUCCUGAGGCUUCCCGAGGCUCCCGAAGCUUCCCGAAGCUUCCCGAGGCUUCUCAAGGCUUCCCGAGGCUUCCCAAGGCUUCCCAAGGCUUCCCAAGGCUUCCCAAGGCUUCCCAAGGCUUCCCAAGGCUUCCCAAGGCUUCCCAAGGCUUCCCGAGGCUUCCCGAAGCUUCCCGAAGCUUCCCGAGGCUUCUCAAGGCUUCCCAAGGCUUCCCAAGGCUUCCCAAGGCUUCCCAAGGCUUCCCAAGGCUUCCCAAGGCUUCCCAAGGCUUCCCGAGGCUCCCCGAAGCUUCCCGAAGCUUCCCGAGGCUUCUCAAGGCUUCCCGAGGCUUCCCAAGGCUUCCCAAGGCUUCCCAAGGCUUCCCAAGGCUUCCCAAGGCUUCCCAAGGCUUCCCGAGGCUCCCGAAGCUUCCCGAAGCUUCCCUGAGGCUUCUCAAGGCUUCCCGAGGCUUCCCAAGGCUUCCCAAGGCUUCCCAAGGCUUCCCAAGGCUUCCCAAGGCUUCCCAAGGCUUCCCAAGGCUUCCCAAGGCUUCCGAGGCUUCCCGAAGCUUCCCGAAGCUUCCUGAGGCUUCUCAAGGCUUCCCGAGGCUUCCCAAGGCUUCCCAAGGCUUCCCGAUGCGAAUUUUUCUGGAAAAAUGUAAAAAUGUACAAAAUUCUGAAAAAUGUACAAAAUUUUGAAAAAUGUACAAAAUUUUUGAAAAAUCUCCCUGUGCUUUUCAAGAAAAAAUCACGAAAAAAUAAACAAUUGAAAUUAUAACAAAAUUUUUUUUGAUGGACGCUCAAAAAAAUAACGGACCCUUAAAUUGUUUGAUGGACCCUUGAACAAAAUUACGGACCCCUAUAUUUUUACGGACCCUUAUAUUAUUUUGGGACCCUUAUAUUGCGAUAGAGCCAAGAAUUUUUUUCUGAAAAAUCCCGAUGAUCCCUAAAUAUUUUCCCUGAUUCUGACUAAUCCCAGCGAAACAAUAACACUAAUUCAUCCACCCUCUGACAUUUUUCGUCAUCCUUGUUUUUUUUUUUUUUUUUUUCAAAUCUCACAUGAUCAUCAUUUUCUUAUCAACUAAACACAUACUAAUCCAAUAAUUUAUUACAAACAACAUUUCAUUGAAUAAUAAUCAUAAUCCCUUUUGACUCAUUGCACUUUUCUGAGAGCGAAAACAUUUUAUUACGAGUCAUGUUUUUUCUAUUUUUUUUUCUUCUUCAUUUAUUUUGAACGUGAAAAAUGGAAAACGAGAAAAUUUAAAAUUUAAAAAAAAAAAAAAAAAUUAUAUACCGUAGUUUUUUUCCCGACGAGACCCUGUGUGUAAGAACUACGGUAUAUAAUUUUUUUUCAAAUUUUCCAUUUUUUUUAAAUUUAUAUCAGUGUCCAAAAAUGUAGAAGUUAGAUACGGUAUGUUCCUUUAAUCUGGACAUCCCGGCAAAUUCUCUACCUUCUCUAGUGUCUCUACGUCUCUAACCUUACUCAUAUGCUCUAGCACUCUAGCUUCUCUGCAUCUCUAACUCUAUCUAGCUGUCUAGCUUCUCUACACUCUCCCCAAUUCCUAUACUCUCUAGCUAUCUUGCGCGAAGCGCCCCGGAAUAUUCCGCGUAAGCGGUGUCGAGCGGAGCGAGUGUAUAUCCCUCUUAGUCUCUAAGUUUAUCUAGCUGUCUAGGUUCUUGCCUUCUCUAGCUGUCUGCCUUCUCCCCAAAUCCUAUACUCUCUAGCUAUCUUGCGCGAAGCGCCCCGGAAAAUUCCGCGUAAGCGGUGUCGAGCGCAGCGAGUGUAUCUCCUUCUGCGUCUCUAACCUUACUCAUAUGCUCUAGCUAUCUAGCUUGUCUGCGUCUCUAACUCUAUUUAGCUGUCUGCCCUCUCUACACUCUCUACAAAUCCUAUCCUCUCUAGCUAUCUUGCGCGAAGCGCCCGGAAAAUUCCGCGUGAGCGGUGUCGAGCGGAGCGAGUGUAUCUCCCUCUGCGUCUCUAACUUUGUCUAGCUGUCUGCUUUCUGUGGACUCUGUCCAAAUCCUAUUAUCUCUAGUAUAUCUCCCUCUACGUCUCUUACUGCCUCUGUCAUCUCUAACUGUCUGCGUCUCUAUAAUUCUGGGGACCCCUAUACGGUAUGUUCCUUGAAUCAUGUUUUUGUCCAAAAACAAAAAGUUUCAGACUUUUUUGUUUUUGGACAAAAUGAUCAAUGAUACACGUGGUUUUUCAUGUGAUAUGAGAAAAAGAAAAGUACGAAAAUGAUAUAAUUUUUGUGUUUGUUUUAUAUUUAUGUGUGGUGAUGAUAAAUAUGAUAUGAUAUAAACAAAAUAUUUUUGUAUUCGAAAAAUGAAAUGAUAUCGAAAAUGUUUAUUAUCAAAUAUGCUUUUUUGUCAACAAAAUUUUUUGAAGUCUGAAAAAAAGUUAGGCUAACUUCACAUAGAAAAAAAUAGAACAAUUUUUGCUGCUGUGCGGUGUUUGCAGACUCGAAAAAAGCCCGUCUCGUUUUCACGUUUUUCCACGUGUCAAAGAAAUUUCGUUCUUUUUUCCAUUGAAAUUUAGAGAGUGCGCCGCAAAAUUGCAAAUUUUGAAAAUAAAAGAGGGCGGAGUCGUGUGUCUUCACGCGGUCAGGACAAUGAGUCCGCAAUUUCACGUGAAAAAGAAAAAUGUUUUAUUUUUUUCUAUGUGUAACUUUCAUAGAUUGAUCUCAAAGAUCUUUUAGGCCUGGUCUUGAAGCGACUACAGUACCCCCCUUCUCUCUCUCUCUAAUUCUCUCCAGACUGCAAACCAACCCCCCCAAAGUUCUUAUCUCCUCAAAAUGAGAAAAUAAAAUAAACACUGUGACAAAAAAGUGCACACAGGUGUCCUCCCAGGUGGGAGCGAAAAGUGCAGUUGGACUUUUUAAAUUUCUAAAAAAAAAUUUUUUUUUUUUUUUUUGGACUAAAAACUAUGACCGUUUUGGGAGUACUUUGUGACGUUGGUCGGGGAAUUUUUUUGAUUUUGAAAAUUAAUUUUUAGAAAUUUUUUUUGAAAUUUAAUUUUGUUUCCGGGUGAAAAUAUCAAUUUUUAGGAAUUCUGAAAAAACUAGAGGGAAAUUUUUUGAUAAGAAAAAUUUUGCACACAAAAUUUUCAAUUAAUUUUUUUAAAAUUAAAUUAGUGCAAACUAUAAGCCCUAAACCCCAGCUAAUUUUAUGCCUAACCAAAAAAAAAUUUUUUUUUCUAAAAAAAAUUUUUGGUCUGAGCCUUUUGGCGUUUUUUUUUUAGCCUAAAAGCCUUAAGCCUAGAUUCAGGCUUAGAUCAAUUUUGGGGCCGAAAAUUCCAAAUUUUGAAAAUUUUCCCCAAAAAAUUCCAGAAAAAGACUGAAAAUAACGUUUUCUAAGCUUUUUUCAUCAAAAUAAGCCUAAACCCCUAUCUAAGCCUAAGCCUAAGCCUAAAAAAGCCCCUGCUAAGCCUAACCAAAAGCCUAAGCCCAAGCCUAUCCCCUAGCCAAGCGUUCCACCAUCAAACACUUCUCUACAAAAACCCCCUGCUCCCCAAAACACCCGCCUAGCUCAGUGGCAACGCGCUGAUUUUGCAGCCACCAGGUCAAGGGUUCGAGCCACACCGCGGGCAAACUUUUUUUUCUUUUUUUCUCUGUGUAUAUUUCUAUUGAAACAGAUGAUUUUAUUCCAAAACAAAUAAACAAACAUAAUAAUAAUAUUCAUUAUUAUUAUUAUUAUUUUUGUUAUUCUUCUUCUUUUUCUUCUUCUUUCCAUUUUGCAGCUAAAUAUUUCGUGUUUUUGUUGUUGUUUUGGUUGUUUUUUCUCCAUCUUUUUCCUUUUCUUCUUCUUUUUUUCUGCAUUUUUUUCGUGUUCUUCUACGCAUAUUCAUUUGCACUUUUCCUCUGAGCUCUGAGAAUUCUUCUUCUAGUCUAGACCCCAGCUUUUAUAAUAUGAGCAAUCAGUUUACUUCAGGCUCCGCCCCAUUUUUUGAGGAGAAAGUGCGCAUUAGUUUAGACAGAAAAAAAUGAAAUAAUGUGGCGCAGGUGUUUUUGGAUUUUUCUCGAUUUACUGUAUAUUUUCUUUUUUUCACAGCCUUCUAGAAAAAAAAAAAGUACGGUAGAACCUGCGCAUCUAACUCGAGAAGAAAAAAAUGUUCACGAGUUAGAUACGCAGGUUUGCUAUACGGUAUGUUCCUUUAAUCUAGAAAGCCUUGAACAGGGAAAUUCUCUGCACUCUCUUAUUUUUCUAUACUCUCUAACCAUCUAGUUUCCUCUAACCAUCUAGUUUCUCUGCGUCUCUAACUGUCUAGCUGUCUAAUCUCUCUGCGUCUCUAGCUAUCUUGCGCGAAGCGCCCCGGAAAAUUCCGCGCAAGCGGUGUCGAACGGAGCGAGUGUAUAUCCCUCUGCGUCUCUAACCUUCUCGUCGUCAUCUCUAAUUGUCUAGCUUCUCUGCACUCUCUUCAAAUUCUAUUUUGUCUAGUGUAUCUCCCUCUGCGUCUCUAACCUUCCUGGGUAUCUCUCUAGCUUCUCUACACUCUCCUCAUCUCCCCCUGCGUCUCUAACUUUCUAGCUGUCUAGCUUCUCUGCACUUAGUGAGAUUUUCAUGAAGUUUUGACCAAAAACCCGUGAUUUUCUCCGAGAGAAGUACAACAGAUUUUAAGUGUGCGAUAGAGCAAAUUUGCUCACAAAUUUUUGAAUUUUUAGCAAAAUUUGAUGAUUUUUCCUCUUCUCCCAAAUACUUUUAAAUAAAAAUAAUAAAAAUCUCAGCAAAAUUUUUGUUGCAACAAAAACAACACAAACACGAGACACCACAACUAUUUGUUUAUUUAUAAGAAGAAGAAGAAGAAGAAAAGUGCAAAUCGAGGAGAGAGUGUAGAGAUUGGAGAGACGCAGAUUGUGAAAGGGAGAGAGAGAGAGAGAGAGAGAGAGAGAGAGUGGGAGAAGGUUAGAGAAGCAGACGGUCGUGGUGGUGUGUUGACAAACAAACAAAUAAUAAAAACGUUUUCGGUUGUGGGGCGAGAGGAGAAAUCAGAACAACAAGACUAUCCCUCAUAGAUUUUUACCAUUUUUCGAAAAUUUUCUUAAAUUUUCUAUUGUUCAGUAGAGCGCGCUUGCCCCAAUUAGAACUAUUUUUUUGCAAAAUUUGCUAUUGUUCGAUAGAGCGCGUUUACCCCUUUUUUUUGAAAAUUUGAAAAUUUUUGCAAAAUUUGCUAUUGUUCCAUAGAGCGCGUUUACCCCUUUUUUUUAAAAAUUUUGUGAAAAUUUUACGAUUGUUCGAUAGAGCGCAUUUACCCCUUUUUUUGAAAAAAUUGUUCAAUAGAGCGCAUUUACCCUUUUUUUUUGAAAAAUACUUGAAAAUACCAUUUGUUCAAUAGAGCGCAUUUACCCCCUCCCCCUUAUUUUUGAAAUAUAAUCGAAAAUACAAUUUGUUCAAUAGAGCGCAUUUACCUCUCUCUCAAAUGUAAUUUUUUCUCCAAAUCACCCUGUAUAUUUCCAGGAAGACGGCACAACUCCGACGUCGCUCGCAUCCGUCGUCGCAGCCGCCGCUGCCUAUCCUCCUCCUCCACCUCCUAACAUCAGCAGUCAUCAAUCGAUGCUCUCUUCGGAAUCGCAUCCGCGUCCCACUGCCGCACCGCCUACGAAUAUUGAAGGAGGAGCUGGAAGUUCGAAUCCUGCUCCCGAAAAUUUGUUGUUGCUGGCAUUGCAGGAGAGGCUGUCUAAUCAGGUGAGCAUCAAACACUUCUUGGCAAAAAACCCGCGCUCUCAUGUGGGCUCGCGUAGUGUAGUGGUAGCGCGCUGGUUUUGCAGGCGCGGGGUCAAGGGUUCGAGCCACACCCCGAGCAAACUUUUUUUAUUUUUUUUAGCUAUCUAUGUCUGAUUAUAAGCCUAAAAGUCUAGCUAAGCCUAAGCCUAGUGCUAAGUAUAAAAGCCCUAAACCCUAGCUAAGCCUAAAAACAUAGCUAAGCCUAAACAAGUUCAGACGUUUCGGCAUCAAACACUUCUUGACAAAAAACCCACGCUCUCAAAAGGGGUCGCGUAGUGUAGAGGUAGCGCGCUGAUUUUGCAGGCGCAGGGUCAAGGGUUCGAGCCACACCCCGAGCAAAAUUUUUUAUUUUUUUCUCUAGACUAAAAAUAAACCUAAAAAAAGUUCAAAAUACUCUGUUCUGACUCAAAAAUAUGCAUUUUCUAAUUACGUCACAACAAAAUCAUGUAUCUGAAAAUUUGAUCCCUCAAAGAUCAGUGAGAAUUUAUCAGAGCAGACAGAAAAAAGUACACAUUAACUUGAAAACUAGCAAUUAGUCUUGUCUAUAAGGUUUUUUCUCACAACCCAAAAAAAUUCAAAAAACGCUUCCGAAAGGCAUUUUUUAACACCAUGUCUGUGGCCUUUUACACCCAAACUUCCCAAAAAUGUUUGUUGUUGUCACCAUGUUUGUUAUAUGUGUCAACAAGUGGGCGGAGCCACCAGUGAUAUACACUUUUGAGCUCUUUUUUCUCCCGCAUCACCACUUUUUGUGUUGUGUUUGGCUCUUUUUUUCUCGCUGCUUGAGACUUUUAUUUAUACAUUAAAAAAAAAUAUUUUUUAAUGGUUUGUUGCUUUUUUUUUGUUUAAAAGUGGAUUUUUUUGGGCCUAAAAUUAAUUUUUGAAAAAAAUUUUGGAACUCUUAGGACUUAUAGUAACUUCUAAGGCUAGAAUAUUGAAAAACGUGGAUUUUAUGACCUGAAAUUAAUUUUUUAAAUUUUAAAAAGUAAUUUUGGAUUUUUUGAAACGAUGUUUUUUAUCUCAAAAAUUCUAUGUGAUUCUAAAUGUUCUUAAAAUUUUCUGAAUUCAGAUUUUUUUCAAAAUUGUGGAUUUUUAGACCUAAAAUUAAUUUUAGAACUUUUUUAAGGAUGUUUUGAUUUCUGCAGAAUUCUGUUGAAGUUUAGAACCAAAUUUUUAAAUUCUUAAAAUUUUUUGAAAAGUUUCUGGAACUCUUAGGAAUUUCUAAGGUUAAAAUAUUGAAAAAUGUGGAUUUUUGGGCCUAAAAAAGAACUUUUUUGAUUCUUGUUGAAGUUUGGAACCAAAAUUUUUAAAUUUUAAAAAUUUUUGAAGUCUGAGAAUUUUGAGCCCAAAAAUGAUGCGUUUUGGGCGUGAAAAUGCUCCAAGCUUGAAAAUCUUAAAAAAAAUUUUUUUUUUAAAUUAAAAAAAAAGUCUCCAUGCGGACUCAAACCCUUGACCUCUAAUCCAGCAAUCUAGCAACUUACCAGCUACACCACUUAGUGCAAUUUUCAAUGCUCAUUUUCUCGGCUCCCAUAGAAGCUCAGACGCUGAUUUUUAGAGCAUUUUGAUCAGCGUUUUGAGCUCUAUAAGAAGAUUCUGGAAAUCUGAAAUUUUCUCGAAAUUUCAGAGCAUUUUGAGACUAAACAUGAUGCAAUUUGGGCUCAAAAUGCUCAGCCAGAACCUGAGAAUUAAAAAAAAAAAAAUUUUCCAGAUGAGACCGCACCAACCAACACUCCACACAUCCGCCACAACUCCCUCACUCUCUCAACUCGCGCAAGUCGCCGGCACUUCUGCCGCCGCAACUUCGCUACAAUCAAAUGACACUGCGACGCGGCUACUUCAGCAAAUGUUUUUGGGUCAAAUGCUGAUACCGCAGCUACCAGCGGCUCUCGAUUUGGCCACGUCGAUCAAUUUGCCGUCGACAGCAGCAUCGCAUCAUGUUUUAUGGCAGCAUAAUAUGUGUGCGUGGCCGAAUUGUGAUCUACCUUGUGAUACUGUGCAAGCACUUCUACUACAUUUACAGAAUGAUCAUCCAUUGUGUGAAAGGUGAGGAUUUACUGUAUGCGCCUUUAAUGCGCUCAUUUCUCUAGUCUCUAACCAUCUAGCUCCUCUGCGUCUCUAACCUUCUCAUAGUCUCUAGCUGUCUUACGACCAUACAUGGUACCCUUUGAGUCAGAAGCGAGACGACGAGAGUAUUUUUCGAAAUCCCGAAAAUACGGUAUUUUUUUUCAAAGGGACACACACAUUUUCUCAAAAAAUAUCUCGAAGCGAAAUUUAUUUUCCGGUUUAUUUUUUUUUUUGCAAAAUACUCUCGUCGUCUCUCGUCUAACCCGAUGAGCAAUUUCCUAUUAGAGUAAACGGUCGUGCGUCUGUUGUCUCUGCGUCUGGUUUCCUAUACUAUCUAACCAUCUAGCUCCUCUACGUCUCUAACCUUCUUUUACCCUCUAGCUGUCUGCUUUCUCUGCGUCUCUAACUUUAUCUAGCUGUCUAGCUUCUCUGCACUUUCUCCAAAUCCUAUGCUAUCUUGCGCGAAGCGCCCCGGAAAAUUCCGCCAAAGCGGUUCGAGCGGAGCGAGUGUAAUUCCCUCUGCGUCUCUAACCUUCUCAUAUGCUCUAGAUGUCUAGCGUCUCUGCGUCUCUAGCUUUAUCUAGCUGUCUGACUUCUCUGCACCCUUCCCGAAUCCUCUGCGUCUCUAGCUAUCUUGCGCGAAGUGCCCCGGAAAAUUCCGCGUAAGCGGUGUCGAGCGGAGCGAGUGUAUCUCCCUCUACGUCUCUAACAUUCUCGUACCCUCUCUAGCUGUCUAGCUUCUCUGCGUCUCUAGCUGUCUAGCUCCUCUACAUCUCUAACCUCUAAUCUUUCAGAACCACCGAAGAAAUGCGAACACAAAUCGAAAAAGUCGAAUCGAUCGAGCACAAAUUAACCGUGGAACGAAAUCGCCUGCAAGGAAUGAUGCAACAUUUGCGAAUGAAACCCUCUCCAGACACAACAACACCAUUUUUGGGUGGUGGAAAUGGUGGAAAUAGUCAUCUGAGAACACAUGAAUCGCCGAUGAGAUCGCCGAAAAUCGAGACAAAUCAUCAGCAGCAUCAGCAGUUUUUUCACAUUCAGACACAACAGCAAACAUCGCCAAUUGUUCAGGUGAGAGAAUCGGGGAAGAUCAGGGACAGGGAUGAAAAAAUAUCUCAAUUCUAUGUAGAAUCCCCUCAAACUUCUGAGCAUUUUGAGCCCAAACAUGAUGCAGUUAGGGCCCGGCGCCCAAGUUAGGGGCCGUCCACCAAAAAAAAAAAAAAAAAAAAUUUUUUUCUCUCACUGGGCCCUAACCUUUUGUUUGUUUUCAAAGUGCACACCGUGUGGUUUGUUACUAUUUUUUGCGUCGCCUGUUGUUUUUCCGGGCUCUACUCGCAAACAAAUAGAGCCCCAACCAAAAAAAAUUUUUUAUUUUUUGUUUGCGCAAUUUUGUGUUGCGUAACUCGACUCUCUCACUCACUCUUACAAAAUAAAUUUUUGCUUUUGUUUACACGCACCAAUCGAUAGUACAUAUUUGUUUGUUUAUUUUAUUUUGGGGGCCCUUGCCCCAAAAUAAAAUAUAUCAUAAAUAUUGUACUUAUACGAAUGGAAAGGGCACAUGGGGAACAUGAAAAAAGGAAAAAAAUCCAAAAAAAAAUUAUUUUUUUGGAAUAUAGCCGUCCCCAGUGCCGGAAAAUCAAAACCCGGAAAAUUCAGAAAAUCUUUCAAGCUCUGAAAUUCGCGAUUUUCAGCCUUAAGUUGGAACUAAAACUUAAAUUUAGCUAUAAUUCUUCUAUUCACAGGUAAUUUAGUAACUAUUUGAGACGUUUUACGUUCAAAAAAUCGUAAAAAUUUAAAAAAAAUUCCAAAAAUUUAAUUUUUCCUAUCAUUAACUGAGAAAAUUUCCAAAAAUUUAGGUAAUAUUGUGAAAUAUUACUACUAAAGAUCAUUUUCCGGAUUAUAUAUCAUAUAAAUAUUGUACUUAUACAAAGGGAAAGGGCACAGAGGGAACACGAAAAAAAAUUGUUUUUUUGAAAAUAGCCGGCCUGUGCCGGAAAAUCAAAUUCAAGCUCUGAAAUUCGCGAUUUUCAGCCUUAAGUUGGCACUAAAACUUAUUUUUUAGCCAUAAUUCUUCUAUUUGAGACGUUUUACGUUCAAAAAAUCGUAAAAUUUAAAAAAAAUUAAAAAUUUAAUUUUUUCUAUCAUUAAUGGGGCGUCCAAAAAUCGAAAAAUGAAAAUUUCUGUUCAAACUAAAUUUUUAAAUUCAAAUUCGUAUUAUAAUGAUCAGAAUUAAAAUUGGACAGGUGUGAAAAUUUCACUUUUUGAUUUUUGGACGCCCCAUAACCCAAAAUUUAGGUCCGCCACAGGCCUGAUCGGCCCCAAAACCAAAAAUAAGAUUUUGUAUUUUCAGCAGGCCACCGUGUCCAGUGCAAUGGAUACCGCCUCAAAUUUGCUGAGCAUUGCCGCCGCCCAAGUCGCCGCUGGAAACACGCCGCCAAUGAUGGGAUGUGUACCGUCAGUCUCAUCGGUUCCCUCAUUCUCAACUCAACCUUGCUCAUCGCUGACACGCGCCGCGUCAACUGCGUCAACUGAAACAUCACCGAAUCCCGAUGGAAAAUCGUUUGUGCCAAGGAGGAGUCGGAUAUCGGAUAAGACUGUGCAACCGAUUGCAACUGAUAUUGCGAAGAAUAGGUGGGUAUUAUGAAUGUAAAAAAAUGGAAACGUGAAAAAUUUUUUUGAAAAAAAAUUUAUAUACCGUAGUUGUUUCGUCGCGACGAGACCCUGUGUGUGUUUCAGCUGUUGUGCCUUUAAAAAACUACUGUUUUUGUUUUUUUUUUGAGGUUUUUGAUGUUUCUGCAUGAGAAAAUGGGAGGAAUCAACUAGAUUUUCGGGCGUAAUUUUCAACCGAAAAAAACGGUUUUUCUCACAAUCAGUAAAAAUUUUUUUUCUCUUUCCCGCCCAAAUCAAAAUUUUGAUUCGGGCGUGAGUUCAACCAAAAAAAGUUUUUUUUUUGGUUUAAAAGUGCUCAUUUCGAGCCAGAAUGGCUGAAAAAUGGGUUCAUAAACCGUAUUUUUGAGUUGAAAAUGAAUAGAGUUAAAAAAAAGAGCAUAUUUGGGCUCAAAAUGCUCCAAAUUUCUCGCAGAGUCCAACAUUUGUUCUGAAAAUCAGGCCUAGGCUUAUCCAGACUCAAAAAUUUCAAUAAAUCGGAACUAUUUUUUUCAAAAAACCUUUUCAAACAGGGCUAGACUAUUUCCAUUCUUCGAUGUUAUUAAUUCCCGCUGAUUUCCACGUUUCUUUCAUGCAAAAACCUCGAAAAUCCGGAAAAACCGUAGUUUUUCAAAGGCCCAACUGCCGAAACACACACAGGGUCUCGUCGCGACGAAAGAACUACAGUAUAUAUUUUUUUUCCAAGAAAAAAAAUAUUUUUCACGUUUAUAAUUUAUAACGUUUAGAACGUUUAGUGUAAACGUUAAUUUAUAACGUUUAUAACGUUUAAAAUUAAAUGCCCCUAAACAUCCUAAAUUUUUCUAGAGACUAUUAUCGAAACAACGAUGUUCGUCCACCCUAUACCUACGCCUCUUUAAUCCGCCAAGCAAUCAUGGAAUCGCCCGAAUGUCAAUUAACCCUCAACGAAAUCUACACCUGGUUCACCGACACAUUUUCCUAUUUCCGCAGAAAUGCGGCGACGUGGAAGAACGCGGUGCGUCACAAUCUAUCACUUCACAAAUGUUUCCAACGCGUCGAGCAGAAUGUGAAAGGCGCUGUGUGGACUGUCGAUGAUUCGGAAUUCUAUCGACGACGACCCAAUCGAUCAUCAGCCACAAGAUCACAACCGCAGACGCCGAUUCCGGAAGAUGUAAGUUUCAGAUAUGAUUGUGGCAUGCUUUACAUGUAGAUAUGUUAAUAGAAAAUAGAAUUAGUAGCUAGUUAUAUCUCUCUUAGGCAUCGCUUAAUUUGUAUGAUUCGUCGAGUGCGUUGAGUUCAUUUUUGGAAAUGCAGAACUUCGAUCCGACGUCGAUGAGCGGCGCUUCUGGCGAAUAUCAACAACAACAUUCACAUCAUUCGGGUUUCACGUUGAAUGGAGUUGGAUUGGAUAGUGUGCUAUCGUUGUUAGGUGAGUUCGGGGAAGACUUUUUGAUAUGGGGCCUGUGCCGGAAAAUUUCCGGCACAGGCCUGUUUGAUAUUUUCAAAUAGCUUCUGAAUUAAAGGAGGUUUCUGUAUAGUUGGACAUCGACUAAAUGACAUUUUCAGGUUUUUUAAGAAAAUGAGUUGAAAUAUUGGAUUCUAAUGUUAUUCAUAUGAUAGAAUGGUCUAAGACGAAUAGAAUGAUAUAAAUUUUGAUGAGUUUACGUUAUCCAUAAGUGAUUCAGCGACUUAUCGACUAAACCUCGCUAAAUCACUUAUGAAUAACGUAAAGUCAUCAAAAUUUAUAUCAUUCUGUUCGUCUUAGACUAUUCUAUCAUAUGAAUAACAUUCUCACUUGCUUAAAAAACCUGGAAAUUUCAUUUAGUCGAUGUCCAACUAUAGGUUUCUGAAUGAAGGAAAUCCAAUUUGGACCUUUCCUAAAUCGGAUCAGGACCGAAAAAUCCUCAAUUUCCCACCAGAAACUCAACAUUUUCCAGCCAACGCCGAUCAUCAAAAUCCCCUCAGUUUGCUGUCGGCCGCCGCAACCGCUGCCAGUGAACAUAACAGUGCUGUCGCCACACCGAAACCAAUCAAGGAUGAACCGAUGCUUGAUAUUAAAGGUGAGGAACAGAAAUUUUUAAGUGCCCAGCCUUGGGGGAUACUCUCUAGGAUCGUUUUGUACAGUUUUCGCUGCGCAACUCUUCGAAGAGCACAAAAUGAGCUCAUAACUCAUGUUAGAGAAGAUUUUAUCCAAAAACUGAAUACAGGGCGAUGUUCAGAAGGGUCGAUUUGGUAUAGUUUGGUAAAUCGACCCUCCUGUAGAUCACCCUGUACUCAGUUUUUGAUAAAAUCUUCUCUAACAUGAGUUAUAGGCUCAUAAGAGAACCUUUUUCACCCUAAACCUCAAAUCUUGAUGGAAUUUUGUCCAUGGGCAGCUUUUAGCCCUCUGAGUCAAGUAGUGGGUUCUUAAAAGUUAUCAUAACUCAGUUCACGAUGAUUUUUGUGAGAAAUUUACCUAAAAAGCAUCAAUAAAUCUAAUUUCCUGAAAAAAAUUUGAUUUUUGAAGAAAAUUAUAUGAAUUUUCAUCCAAAAAAAUAAAUUUAAAAUUUUUUUUUCGAAAAAAAGUUUUUUAUUGAUCUACUUUCAGUAAACAGACUAUGCUGAUCGAUAUCUGAAACUUUAUCCCUCCCAAAAAUCAAUUUUUGAGUUUUUGAGAGGUCCUUUAACCCCAAAGGCUGUCUAUGGACAAAAUUUCAGGUCCAUUCUCAGUAAAUUCUCAAGUUUUGGCUCAUUUGUGUGCUCACCAAAGAGUGUAAAAGCUUCAUCUACCUUCCAAUCCAUAUUUUUUGCAGUCGAACCACCUCCACCAAAACGUCCAGCAUCAGCAAACGCGGUUUCAACUUUCUAG